AUGAGUCGAACCGACCUAGUCCAGGGAAACUAUUCUAUUCUACAACUUCACCUGUAUACGGAGCCAGGGAGGGGGAGCAGGGAGGGAGGUACAGAAAAGGUCAGACAGAACAUGACAUACCCUUUUCGCCCGAUCGGUGUCGUCUUGCGUCAACAGGUCGUCAAGUCUUGUCAGUUCGAUACAGUCGAGGCCUUGUGCAGAGGAAUAGAUGUCUUGGCAACCUGUUGCCGUGGCGACGCAAAAGACCCGUUUGCACGGGGUGAGGCAGCAGGAGGAAUUGCGUAG